AUGUUACCCUCGAGAGAUGACAUAGCGAAGUUCAUUUCCAUCGCUCCAGAAGCUAAUGAAGGGACGGCCCUCAGAUUCUUGGAGGGAGCGGAAACCAUUGACAAUGCUAUCAGUCGGUAUUAUGAGGCUCAAAAUGAGGCUAUAGCUCCAAGUUUGCCUACUAUAGAUGCCGAUGUUGAUAUACGGAACUGCCCCCCACCAUAUGCACGUUCAGUAAUAAGAGAGCUUUCACACCAUUAUAGCAAUACAUUUAUUGCAGCUGCCGAUAUCCGCUCUAAAGAUGAAGAAGAUAUGAAUGCCGCCCUACACGGCAUCCAGCAAGCCUGUCGCAUUUUCAAUAAGGAUAUUGAACCAGAACAUACCACACAGUUUUAUAAUUGUAAUUGCGAUGUCCACAAAUACAAAGACAGAAAGGCUGCCCGCCUUCCUAUUCAGGAAAUAUGGUCCAAAGCAGUCAUCUAUCCAGGCGAAUCAGCCUAUCAUGACAGUCAUUCGUCGGCUCUCAUCAUGAAAAAUCCAUAUAGCCGUGUGCCCUCGCCUUUUCCGGUUACAACUCCCGGGACUUACAACAAGGCGAAACCUACUCCGUCCGGCUACAGCCAGCAUCUUCAAAGGAUGGUACAGUUGAAUGCAACCCUCAAUGCUGCGGCACAGGCUGCCAUUGAUUCCAAAGAGCCAGCAUCUACCAUAUGGGAUAGCGAAGACCCAGAGACCUCUGUGCCGAAUGAGGCUGACACCACAGCUUCUCCUAGUACCCAGCAACCAGCAGAAUGUCCCCCCAUAGAGAGCUCCAAGCCAUCGGCAUUCGGCAGUUUGAAGAAGAUAUUAUCCAAGAAGACGCCAGAGGAGAAGGCAGAGAAAGCAGCUACUCACACCAGAGAGCUGCGCAUGGCCAUCCUAGAGGAGGAGCAAGGCAGGUGGCCAAAUCAAGAAUGGCGACUGCUUGCGACAGCCUACCAAGAAACAGUCGGAACAAGUCAAAAGAUCGCCGAUCUUCGAGCCCAGUGCCCAAUUCAGUAUCUCCACCUCCUCCGGGCAGGAUAUUUUGAGCCUAUUCCAGAGGCUUGGGCGAAAUCCACGUCCAACCCUCUCAGAUUGAGCAUUGACGCAGUUGGUGGGUGGAGAGGAAUCACCCCCGGUUGGAGAGGAUACAAAGAUCUCGCCGAGGAACGUCUGUACUGGGUCAUGAAUAACACAGAGGGCAUUGUUGGAAACAAAACGAAGCCCGAUGUCAUCUCCGCGAUGAACAUGGCUCGAUCUAGAAUGGAAUCUGCUAUUGAAACCCCUGCGGAAUACUUCUCUCGCGACGAUAUCUACAAGGUUCAAUCCAUCUCAGAGACUUACUCGAAGCAGGUUAUGACUGCUUUCAGACCCUCUGGGGAGCCGGCAGCCCCUCUAGACGAGACUAUGAUCCUGUUAGAGGUCUCUGAGUCUAUGAGCUCUGCACCGCUUCGCCCGAAUUAUGAUGGGCAUCUCAUUACAGGUUAUUCCGCCUCUAAGCAGCCCAUGAGCAAAGAUAUUGCCCAGGCCAUCGUACGUCGCUUUUCCCAAGCAAUGAUCAAUCACGACCAUGAUAGCCGAGGCUACCAGCUCGUCACAUUCGCGGAUCAGGCCCGCUACAUGGGCCACAUCAACCACCAGAAUUUCGAACAAAUAUGGCCAAACAUUGGAUUUGGAGGGGAGACUCGACUGAUGCUAGGCUGGCAAAGAGCCAAGGAACUCCAUUUCCAAAAGCACUCUGGGACAGCAAUUCACCAUCCUAUGUACGGAUGGCAAGCUGGUCCACAAACACCCAUACUGCGACUGCUUAUCGUCCUCGACGGUGAAGCACCAGACAUGAACGAAUUCCAGCUCGAUCUUCUUGGUCUGUCCUGGGUGUAUGUCACGAUCUUCCUGGUGGGUGCAGAUCAGUGUCCAAACCACCAUCGCCUUGCGAACGAGCUGCAGAUAAUCAGCAAUACCAAUCCCCGGGUCUCUUUCCUGGAUGCACAGGGGAACAUGCCGGAGCGCUUCAUCGCCCAUGAACUGCUCAAGCGACAUCUCCGAUACAAUAUUUCAUUCACUGAUUUUGAGACGCUAGAGCAGGCGACAGUGGAUCUCCCAUCGUAUGUAGAGUAA